AUGGGAGCUUCGUGCUGUUCAUAUCCAUAGAAACAGAUAACAAACGAAAUAGUAUUAGAUGUGAAAGGGAGUCUACAUACAUUAUCUAAGAAAAGUGUGAACAAUGAUCAAUAUGUUGGAUUGGACAAUGUUCAAGAGAUAAAGGAACAAUAUGAAGACUUUGAAGUCAUUGCAGAAUCUCCUUAGGGUUUGACUCCUUAAGAUGAUUAGACAGGAUAAUAAUGUAAAGUAUUUUAGCAAUCAGAAAGUAAAGUUGAUAGUAAUAAAUAUAUUAAUAAUGUAGCUUUGCCCAAGUAUGGCAUUAAGAAAAAGUUAACUGUUUCUUCUAUUGGAACAGUAAAGCUAGGAGCUGAUGUUUUUGUGAAUCUUAAGUAAGGAAGUAUUCACAAGUAUUAUACAACUGGGGAAGUCUUAGGUUAAGGUGCUUAUGGCAAAGUUUGGAAGGUUACUCAUAAAAAUACUGGUAGUUAAAUUUAUGAAUUCUAGGAAUGAUUAGAGCUAUGAAACAAUUAAAAAAAAGUUCAUUAAUCGUUGAAGAACAACAACGACUAUUUGCAGAAAUGAACAUUUUAAAAAAUUUAGAUCAUCCUCACAUCGUCAAGCUAUAUGAAUUAUAUUAAGAUUAAUAGAACUACUAUUUGAUAACAGAAUAUUUAUCAGGAGGUGAAUUAUUUGAUAGAAUCAAAUCAAUGUCAUACUUUAGUGAAAAAAAAGCUGCCGAAUUUAUUCGAUAAAUCUUACUUGCCGUUGUUUAUUGUCAUGAAUAAAAAAUUGUUCAUAGAGAUUUAAAACCUGAAAAUAUUUUAUUUACCAAUGAGUCCUCUAAUUCACCCUUAAAGGUUAUUGAUUUUGGAACUUCCAGAAAAUAUGAUACAGAAAAGAAAAUGACCAAAAAGCUAGGAACUGUAAGUUUAUCGUUAAAUUAUAGGCUUAUUAUAUAGCACCAGAGGUUUUAAAAUAAGAUUAUAAUGAAAAAUGCGAUGUUUGGUCUUGUGGUGUCAUCCUGUACAUUUUACUAUGUGGAUAUCCUCCAUUUACUGGAAAAACAGAAAAAGAUAUAAUGCAUAAAGUGAGUGAGGGCAAAUUUAAAUUUGAUUGUAAUUAAUAAUUCAAAAUUAGUUUAGAGGAAGAUUGGGGCUUUAUUUCGGAAGAAGCUAAAAAUUUGAUUACCAAGAUGUUGCAAGUUAAUCCAAAUUAAAGAAUCUCAGCAAAACAAGCCUUGCAUGAUCCGUGGAUUGAUAAACACAAUUUAAAUGAAAAAGUCAAUUAAAUAGUGUUAUAAAAUUUACAAAAAUUCCAAGUAAUUUAAUUUUUGAACUCAUUAGGCUAAAUCUAUUUUUACUUAAGCCGUUCUUUCUUAUAUAGCAUGUCAGAUGACCUCUCAAUAGGAGUAAGACGAAUUAGUUAAGACAUUCCAAACUUUGGAUUAAGAUAAGAAUGGGAUUCUGUCAAAGGAUGAACUUAUAGAGGGUUAUGCUUUGGUCUUAAAGGAUAAGGAAUUGGCAAUCAAAGAAGUCAAUAAGAUUCUUUAGAUUGUGGAUCUCAAUUAAAGCGGAUAAGUUGAUUUCUCAGGUAAUAGUCUAUUUAAUUAUACUAGAAUUUUUAAUGGCAGCGAUGAAUCAAGAAAAACUGGUUUCGCUUGAACGAGUUAAGGCUGCCUUCAAGAUAUUCGACGCGAAUGAUGAUGGGAAAAUAUCGAAAGAAGAAUUGGAACUUAUGAUUGGGAGCAUUGAUGAGGAACUUUGGCAAUAGAUUCUGACUGAGUGCAAGGCAGAAGGAGAAAUAACAGAAAAAGAAUUCAUUGAGAUACUACUUAAUCAAAAGCUUUGA